AUGGUUGAAUCGGAAAGACUCAACUACAUCAGGAACAACCAAAAGAAACUUAGAGUUGACAAGUAUUGUAGCUUACAAAAUUCACUGGAUGCUGGGACAAGUCAAGGUUUAAAUAAAGGCAAGAGAGUAAUUUUGCCUUCUACCUUUGUUGGCAGCCCCCGCUACAUGGAUCAGCUAUACUUUGAUGAAACUACCACAUUUGCUAAGUGGAUCCUUGACAUUGGAGAUGAAAUUAUUGGACAUGAAAAUGAUGGCUAUUCCACAAUUGAAAUCCCUGAGGACCUGUUGAUAACUGAAUAUGAUGAUCCAAUUCCUGCCAUAGUUAACUCAACAUUCCUAGAUUUAACACACCAUCACAACGAUGGUCAGUACUUCAACAAUAGGGCAAUAUUAGCUUUAACCAACGAAACAGUCGAACAGGUCAAUGAUUAUUUACUAUCAUUAAUCCCAGGUGAGCACAUGGAAUACCUAAGUUCUGACUCUAUAGACAAAUCAGAAACCAAUGAAAGUUGUCAUUUUCAAACAAUAACUACUGAAUUCCUUAAUUCAUUGAUGACAUCUGGUCUGCCAAAUCAUUGUAUCAAGCUUAAAAUAGGAACUCCUAUAAUGCUUUUAAGGAACUUAGAUCAAACUCAAGGCCUGUGUAAUGGCACUAGAAUAAUAACUACAAGACUGGCAAAGCAUGUAAUUGCGGCUGAAAUGAUUUCUGGCAAAUAUUCAGGCCAUAUGGUUUACAUCCCAAGAAUGUCCAUGUCCCCUUCACAAUCACCAUGGCCUUUUAAACCUUUAAGUAGACAAUUUCCAAUUAUGUUGUCUUACGCAAUGACAAUUAACAAAUCUCAGGGACAGUCAUUGUCCACAGUCGGACUUUAUUUUCCAAAACCAGUUUUUAGCCAUGGUCAAUUAUAUGUUUCAUUAUCAAGGGUCAAAACAAAGAAAGGUUUAAAAAUUUUGAUCCAUGAUAAAGACCAGAAAAAUAUGACUUCUACUACCAAUGUAGUUUUCAAAGAAGUCUUCAAUAAUCUAGGAAGGUUAAUAUAA